GUCAACAUGAGUUUGAGCGAAUACAUAACGAACUGUGACGAUAUGGAGGAAAAACUGAGCGCUACUGAGUUUAUCAAAACUCUAAAAGUGGUAAAUAAUAUCCUUUUAUUCAGAACAAUUUUUCACAUUUGUCACUCUAGAGUUAGUGGCAGCGAAUUGCUCGUGAAGAUGCGGGGCCGUUUCCAGCACCGUGCCACGGAACCCGUAUUCCAUACUCUGCCCACUGCUUCAGAGGUGAGGUAUGUCCUAAAGAAUCGCUUGUAUUUAUUUAGCAUCGCCGGUGUCGAACAACGCUCAUCUUCCGGCGAUCGCGGAUCAGAAAACGCACUGACAAUGCCACAAAUCGAGUCGUUGGUGCACACAAGACGAACUGAUUCCGCACCGAUUAUUCCACGGUCACUGCAUAGUAAAUACGUGAAAAACUUCUCGUCCAAUAGUGAUCUAUCCCAGUUGUAA